UGUAAAAAAGUUGAUACGGGCUAAAAGAGAAAAUGGCUAGUUACCAGAAUCAUUUCUUCAGUCAAGAUCUACUGCUUUGUGAAUUAUCGAUAUGGAUAAAAAGAAAGAAGAUAUUGUAAUAGACCCUAGGAUCGAACUCAUGGGACAAAUGCUUCUUCUUUCAUACAGAGCGAAACCUGAUAGAUGGACCAAAAUGCUGUCAAUCGAAGAUAAUCUUAAAAUCAUUACCAUAUUCUUGGACGACCCCAAGGAGCAGGACCUCACAGUGACCCUGCUCGGCGGACUAUUUCACGUUUUCAAGGAAUACGAUGCUAACAUCAAGCAGAAGUACACCCGUUUCUUUCGGAAGAAGAAGGAAAAAGUUACAGUGGAGAAUUUCAUGAGUGUACUUAAUUAUGCUGAUUUAUCCGGGAGGCCCAUUGAAGAUUUGUUCGUCACACUGAACACAUUUUUCAUUCCGAUGCUAAACAAUCCAAGGAAUCAAGUUGGUUGGCCGGACACCGUGAAAGUAGACGUUCAAAUGCAUCUGGCCGAAUUCAAGAAUGAUGUAGACGAGAUUCGUGGAGCGGUUCGAGGAGAAACAAUAUUACCAAUGCCUUCAGGUUACGGAGGUAUUUACAAGAGCAUAACCAUUUUGUCGGAUUCUUUCGGAGAAACAAUAGACAUUGAAUUGAAAACCAGAAUCGAAAAUAUAUUUGUCAAAUGGAUCCAUAUCUGUAAGGAUGUAAUCAAGGAGACACCGAAAAACGCUGACGCUUGCCAUCCGACCCCAAUGACUGAAAUAGAUUUCUGGCAAAAAAGAUACAAUAAUUUCCAAAACAUUUACGAUCAACUAAGUGACCCAAGGGUUAAGAAAAUGGCCGAGUUCUUAGAACUUGUCAAUAGUACAUACCUGAAGUUAUUCAAAUCCUUAUUUAGGAAUAUUGUGACGGCUCUUUUAGAAGCCAAGGAUAUAACUCUUUAUUUGAAACCCUUAGUCCCACACAUACGCAGAUUCGAGGAAAAUGAUUUCCUAGAUAUGAAAAAUCAUAUUAAGCCCUUAAUUCACGUAGUGGCACUGAUCUGGUCACAUUCAAAAUACUACGCAGUUCCAGAAAAGAUAGUUAUGUUAUUUCAUCAAAUAGUUAACCUUCUGAUUGAAUCUGCGGCGAGAAAUUUGGAUGCGCAAUCACUUUUUCUUGGAGAACCUGAAGACAUAUGUGACAAAGUAACGAAGACAGUUGAAAUAUUGGAGCUUUUCUUGGAUUCUUUCGAAUACGUGAGAGAAAACCUGUUCCAAUAUUACGAGAAAGUCAAAGAUCCCAAUAAACAGCGUUGGUCCUUUCACAGAAGGACUGCCUUCCAAAGACUCCUAGAAUUUUUAGAUAGGCUUUAUAUGAUUAAGAAAAUUCUUAUUGCAAACACCGACUACAGCAAGUUAGAAAGGGUCGAAUUAGGUGGAAUUAAAGGUAAAUAUCUAUCUGUAAACUGCGAAGAAAUUUUUGCCGACUUCGGCAGGAUUUAUAAGGUAUUCCAGGAUGUGACAUAUGAUGUGUUGGACAUAGAAGAUCACCAUAUAAACGACGAUUAUAAAGUUUUCGCGGAAAAAUGUAGAGAUAUAGACAAUAGGUUGGCAUCAGUCUUUCAACAAGCAUUCAAAGAGUGUUUCAACUUGGAUGCUCAAUUCAAGCUCCUUAAUAUUUUCGGUAAUCUGAAAGACAGAUCUUUCGUGCAGGAAGAAAAUACAAAAGCAAUCAAACUCAUUAUUGAGAUGAUGAAUAUCGAAAUUGAUGAUAUCAAGAAAAUGUUUGACAACUCGGAGUUAGUUGGGAUUGGUUUAGAUAAAUAUUAUCCACCGGUUGCUGGUAGUAUAUAUUGGUACAAAAAACUUUAUGAAAGAGUAAUCAAACCCGAAGCAAAUUUCCUUCUGAUUGAACAUGAAAUCAUGAACUCUGAAAGAGUAACAUAUUUAUUGAAGAAAUAUGAGCAGAUGAAGCAAAUUUUAAAUGACAGCAUAAAUAAAAAUUUGCAAGAAUGGAUAGAAAAGGUUCGUCAAGAAAUAGAAGAAUGUUUAGCUAAACCGCAAUUGAUGGUAAAUACGGAAAAUAAUGAGAUACAGGUUAAUCUAGAUCCUAGAUUGCAAGCAAUACUAAGAGAAAUGCGCUAUUUGUUGCAACUGGGUAUGGAGAAUUUACCGGAUGAGGGUAGAGAGGUGUUUGAUAUGGUAGAACCUAUCUACCAAUCUUUCAUUAGAUUAUCAAGGAUUCAACAAUAUUGCAAUUUUCUGAAGACCGAAACCCUAGAAGUGGAAUAUAAUAUGAUUUCUAGUGAAAUGGAGAAAAUUGAUAUUAUGUUAGAACCAUUAAUGUCCAUUGUUACUUGGAACGAAAAUGAUCCUGAAAAUAUUGAUGUCAUGUACGAAAUAGUCAAAUAUCUUUACGAUAGAGUAAAAGAAGCGCAAUCGAACACUAAUCGCCUAAUGAAUAGUAUUGAAACUUGGUCCAGAUCACCAGUUUUCGAAAGAAAAGAUGGCAAAAAAGAAAAUCUCCUCAGCUUAGAUGAUAAGCAUGAAAAGGUGCAGAAACGAUACGACCAAAUCGAUUUAUCUACACAAGAGCUGAAGAAUGUUCUGUAUCACAACUAUCAUCUGUACUUUGACCUUCCUUAUACACCGCCACCUACUCCACCUUCAGAACUAAUUCAAAAAGUUGACAUGGAGCCUUUGUUUGACGAUGAGAGUUCAUCUAUGAAAGACUCUCUGAUUUCAACAGAUGACGAUGAUGACAGAGAGGGCAGCCAACCAAGAAGUAUGAAAGCUCUCACAGUAGAUUCAACUUCUAGAGCUGAAACGUCUGAAGAUAAAUUCAAUAAACGCAGAGAAUACAUACAAGCAAGUAGCCAGAAACUUCAUAGGUACCCAUUAACGGAGACAGAAAGUUCUGCUACUAUUCAAGAACUGACCCAACCUCCAGAGCCUAAUAUAUCUGAGAAAUGGGACGCUUAUUUAUCCACUUUGGAUCAAAUAAUUGUUGCUGAGUUUAUAGGUGCUGUUAUAGUAUCCCAGAAUUACUUUAUGGAUGAGAUGGGGGAUGAUACCCCAGUCACACCUUUUCUUGAGAUCUGGAUGGAGCUCAAGGAGCCAAAUAUCAUCUAUGAGCCUUCAGUUGAUAAAAAAGCAAAACCAAAUUUCCUCACUCUGAUUGAAGGCUUGCUGCAGGAUAUUUAUAACAUGGGGUUAUACAUGGAGAGAAUAGAUCCAGGGAGCAACGCUGAAAAUUUUUUCGACGAUAUUGUGAACAAUGAGAUUUGCAGGGAUAACCACGAAGAGAUAACUGCGAGAAUAAUUCUGGCUAUGACAAAAGCUGCGAACUUUGAGCGUACUUUCGAUGUUUAUGUUUCGCUAUGGACUGAAAAUAGGCAAGAUUUCUUACAGGAAUUCUUGAAGUAUUCGAGGAGAUUGUCACCUGAAGAGAAGGAACAACUAAAAGACCAAGAAGCUCCACCAAUCAAAGAAUCCCCCCCUACUAUGAUAAUUUUCAAAGAAAACAUUGACUUCUACGACAAGUUAUAUGUGGAAGUAAAAAAACUACCAAUGGAAGAAAUUAUCGAAGGCGGCUGGCUGAGGAUAGUCAUAAGACCUUUGAGACAGGCUAUUCUCAAUGUCAUAAGCAAAUGGAGUAACCUUUUCAAACAGCACUUAUACAGUCAUGUUAUUAAUAAGUUGAACGAAUUAGAAGUAUUCAUUAUCGAGUCUACGAGUGUUAUGUUGACUCAGUUGGAACCAGACGACAUUGAAGGUCUGUUAAAAAUAAUGAAGUAUCUAUUUAAAAUAAAGGAAAUGAUGGUUGAGACCGACGCUAUGUUCAAAUCUCUGAAAGAUAUAAUGGACUUGCUUCUUUCAUUUCAUGUAGAAUUUCCUGAAGCAAUUCAUGUACAAUUACAAGAACUUCCAGAUCGUUGGAUGUACUGUAAGAAGGUGGCAGCAACGACCAAACAGGCGGUUGCUCCUCUGCAGGCAGUUCAGAUUAAUGCCAUAAAGCGACGAAUUAGAGUAUUUGAAACACGAGCUACAUUUUAUCGAAUGCAAUUCAAGCGUGAUAUACUAUUUUCUUACGAUUGCACUAAUGUUUACUCGAGGGUGGACAUUAAUAAUUCUAUAAUCGAAGAUUUCGAGAAAGAGGAGAAACAGUUAUUGGAAGAUGGAAACGUAUUCGAUAUUGUAAUAGAUGAAAUCAAAUCGAUACGACAAAGUCGAAAAGAAUUGAAGCAAAUCAAACAGCUUUGGGAUUAUAUCAACAUGAUGAAUUCCUUCAUAUACCAGUGGAGAUCAACACCUUGGAAAGAGAUUGAUGUGGAAGGUAUGGAAUUGUCUUGCAAAAAAUUCUCGAAAGAUUUACGAGCCAUGGAUAGAGAGAUUAGAGGCUGGGAUGUUUUUAUGAGAGGGGAAGCUUCUAUUAAGAAUCUACUAACGUCUCUUAGAGCGGUAACAGAUCUACAGAAUCCAGCUAUUAGAGAACGGCACUGGCAGCAGCUGAUGCAGGCUACUAAGGUUCGUUUCGUCAUGAACGAAGAGACGACAUUGAAUGAUCUGUUGGCUUUGAACUUGCACGAAUACGAAGAAGAAGUCAAAACAAUAGUCGAUAAAUCGGUCAAAGAAAUGGGUAUGGAAAAAAUCCUCAACGAAUUGAAUACUACAUGGACAUCAAUGUCAUUCACCAUAGAACCUCACCAGAGGACUGGAGUUCAACUGUUAUUGGUGUCAGAGGAAGUCAUUGAAACUCUGGAAGAUAACCAAUCUGCGUUACAAAAUAUGAUGAGUUCAAAAUUCAUCGAUUAUUUUUUAGAAGAAGUAACAGAUUGGCAGAUCAAAUUGUCGACAGCUGACCAGGUUAUACAGGCAUUUAUAGAAGUUCAACGUAAAUGGAUGUACCUCGAAAGUAUAUUUAUCGGAUCAGAGGACAUCCGCAUACAGCUACCUGAAGACUCGAGAAGAUUUGAUUUCAUCGAUAAAGAAUUUAAAGAUAUCCUUUAUAUUUUUGGUCGAAAUCUGAACGUUAUCGCUGCAACGAGCCAAACAGCCCUCUUCGAUAGACUAGACAAUCUAUCAGAACAACUAACGCUGUGUGAGAAAGCUUUGAACGAUUACUUAGAGACGAAGCGAUUAGCGUUUCCCAGAUUUUACUUCGUCUCUUCGGCCGAUCUUCUGGAUAUUCUUUCGAACGGAAACCAACCAGCACUCAUCCAGAGACAUCUCACAAAGCUUUUCGAUUCCUUGGCGAAACUCGGUUUUGAAUCGAACUCGAAAAAAGCUUACAAUAUGAAAUCUAAAGAAAACGACGAAUACGUCAAACUGGCAACGCCGCUUGAAUGCAUUGGCAAAGUGGAGAAUUGGCUGAAUAAACUGAUAGAUGUCAUGAGGAAGACUCUGCGUUCAUGUUUGAAUGAAGCUAUUGCAUCGUAUGAGGAAAAACCAAGAGAACUCUGGAUUUUCGACUAUCCAGCCCAACCUGCACUUUGUGGUACGCAAAUUUGGUGGACGACUGAGGUAAAUCUUGCCUUCGCCCGAUUAGAAGAGGGCUACGAGAAUGCACUCAAAGAUUAUCAGAGAAAACAAGUUUCACAGCUGAAUGCACUUAUUAACUUACUUCUUGGAGAUUUAACACCAGGAGACCGUCAGAAAAUAAUGACGAUUUGUACCAUAGAUGUACAUUCCAGAGAUGUCAUUUAUAAGAUGAUUGUAGCAAAGGUGGAGAACUCUCAGGCUUUUCAGUGGCAAAGUCAACUCAGGCACCGCUGGGAUUCCAAACUCACUGAUUGCUUUGGAAACAUUUGUGAUGCUCAGUUCAGAUACCAAUAUGAAUACCUUGGAAACACUCCUCGUUUGGUUAUCACUCCUCUAACUGAUAGAUGUUAUAUCACCCUUACUCAAAGCCUCCAUCUCAUUAUGGGAGGAGCACCUGCAGGACCUGCAGGUACUGGUAAGACAGAAACUACCAAAGACCUUGGAAAAGCUCUAGGAGUCAUGGUUUAUGUGUUCAAUUGUUCUGAACAGAUGGACUAUAAGUCUAUAGGAAAUAUUUAUAAAGGUUUAGCUCAAACUGGUUGCUGGGGCUGUUUUGAUGAGUUCAACAGAAUUUCCAUCGAAGUGCUGUCUGUCGUUGCCGUUCAAGUCAAGAGUAUUCAAGAUGCUAUCAAAGAGAAUAGAAAAAAGUUCAAGUUCUUGGGAACAAAAAUUCAGUUGAUUCCAACAAUUGGAAUUUUUAUAACCAUGAAUCCUGGUUAUGCUGGUCGGACUGAACUUCCUGAAAAUCUCAAAGCUCUGUUCAGACCUUGUGCAAUGGUGGUUCCAGAUUUUGAACUUAUAUGCGAGAUUAUGUUGAUAGCUGAAGGCUUUCAAGAGGCUAGACUUCUCGCUCGCAAAUUCAUUACUUUAUACACACUUUGUAGGGAACUACUCAGCAAACAAUACCAUUAUGAUUGGGGUUUGAGAGCCAUAAAAUCAGUUUUGGUGGUGGCUGGUACAUUGAAAAGAGGCGAUAGACUGCGCCCAGAAGACCAAGUUCUAAUGAGAGCUCUGAGAGACUUUAACAUCCCAAAAAUAAUUACUGAAGACGUUCCAGUUUUUAUGGGUCUCAUUGGUGAUCUUUUUCCUGCAUUAGACGUUCCGAGAAAAAGGAAUAUGGAGUUCGAAAAAACGAUAAAAUCUGCAGCAAUUGAUAGUUUAUUACAACCUGAAGAAGGUUUCAUUUUGAAGAUUGUUCAACUAGAUGAAUUACUAGCAGUUAGGCACUCAGUUUUCAUUGUUGGGUUCACAGGUACCGGAAAAAGUAUGGUGUGGAGAACAUUAUACAGAACAUAUCAAAUUCAAAAGAGAAAACCUUUUUACAAUGAUCUUAAUCCAAAAGCUGUAACAAACGACGAGUUAUUUGGUGUCAUCGUUCCUGCUACAAGAGAAUGGAAGGAUGGCCUCUUCUCCACUAUCAUGAGAGAUCAGACGAAUUUAACAGGAGAAGGGCCAAAGUGGAUUGUCCUAGAUGGAGAUAUUGACCCAAUGUGGAUUGAAUCUCUUAAUACACUAAUGGACGAUAACAAAGUACUUACCCUAGCCAGCAACGAGAGGAUAGCCCUAACCAGACAUAUGAGACUACUUUUUGAAAUAGCGACCCUACGAACUGCUACACCAGCUACAGUUUCUAGAGCAGGAAUCUUGUAUAUAAAUCCUGCUGAUUUGGGAUGGAACCCGUAUAUUGCUUCUUGGAUAGAACAGCGUUCAUCGCCCAGUGAGAAAACAAAUCUCUCCAUACUUUUCGAUAAAUAUGUGCCCCCUUGUCUAGAAAUACUCAGAGGGAAGUUCAAGAAAAUAACUCCUAUCUCAGACAUAGCCCAUCUUCAAAUGCUUUGUUUCCUCCUUGACUGUUUUCUAACUCCUCAUAAUAUUUUUCCGGACAGCCCUAAGGAAUGGUACGAAAUAUAUUUUGUUUUCGCAACUGUUUGGGCUUUCGGCUCUUGCUUGUUUCAAGAUCAGUUAGUGGAUUGGAGAAACGAAUUUAGUAAAUGGUUUUUGAACGAGUUCAAAACAAUCAAAUUUCCCACUAACGGCAAUGUUUUCUCUUUCUAUAUCGACCCUGAAACUAAAAAAUUUCUACCAUGGAACGAUCUUGUACCUGAUUUUCAAUUUGAUCCCGAUAUACCACUUCAGUCAACACUGGUAGAAACGAAUGAAACAACUAGAGUUCGAUUUUUUGUUCAACUUUUAACAAACAAAAAAGUACCUGUUAUGUUAGUAGGUCCUGCUGGAAGUGGAAAAAGCGUUAUUUUAAACGAUAUAAUGGAAAGUCUUCCUGACCAUUAUCAAGUCACAAGAAUACCCUUUAAUUUCUAUACAACAUCAGAGCUUCUCCAACGAAUUUUGGAAAAACCGCUGGAAAAAAAAGCUGGAAGGUCAUUUGGCCCAGUUGGUGGCAAGAGCAUGAUUUACUUAAUAGAUGAUUUGAACAUGCCUGAAGUAGAUAAAUAUUUCACUGUUCAACCACAUACACUGAUCAAACAAUAUAUGGACUAUCAGCAUUGGUACGAUAGACAAAAGUUGACUUUAAAAGAUAUACAUAAUGUCCAGUUUAUAUCAAGUAUGAACCCAAAUGCGGGCAGUUUCACCAUUGAUCCUAGAUUGCAGCGUCAUUUUUGCGUAUUCGCUGUCAGUUUUCCAACAGAAGAAUGUUCGAUGCAUAUUUAUAAAAGCAUUCUCUCUGAACAUUUUAAAAAUCCUCUUCUCAAAUUCUCAACAACUGUCUCGAAAAAAUGUAAACAUAUCGUUGAAAUGGCUCUAGCAAUACAUGCCAAGAUUGCACAAGCUUUUCUUCCUACUGUCAUCAGAUUCCAUUAUGUUUUCACUUUACGAGAUGUGUCAAAUGUUUUUCAAGGAAUUCUUUUUUCAACCGGAGAUUCCGUAAAAACCUAUAGAGAUUUAGUGAGGUUAUGGUUGCAUGAAACACAUAGAGUGUAUGAAGACAAAAUGGUGGACAAAACUGAUAUAGAUAAUUAUAAGAAGUUGAUCAGAGAAACGGUCCGACUGUAUGUGGAAGAUUUAGAUGAAAGUACCGUUUUUGAGAAUCCUCUCAUAUUUUGUCAUUUCGCACAAGGUUUGGGUGACCCAAAGUAUUUUGCUAUAGAUGAAUUUUCACAAUUGAACGAUCUGUUACAAGAAGCUCUCAAUGGCUAUAAUGAUUUGGUGGCCGCCAUGAGUUUGGUUCUUUUCGACGACGCAAUGUAUCACAUUUGCAGAAUAAAUCGUAUUCUUGAAUCUCCUAGAGGAAAUGCGCUUCUGGUUGGAGUUGGGGGAUCCGGAAAACAAUCUUUGACAAGACUAGCAGCCUUUAUUUCUUCCUUUGACGUUUUUCAAAUCCAACUCAGUAAAUCAUAUUCAAUUACUGAUUUACGUUUAGAUUUAGCUACCUUAUAUCUGAAAUCUGGUAUAAAGGGGGCAGGAGUCGUCUUCUUGAUAUCUGAUGCUCAAGUAGCUACAGAAGAAUUUCUGGUACUAAUAAAUGACAUGUUAGCUUCUGGAGAAAUAUCUGAACUUUUACCUGAUGACGAUGUUGAAAAUGUUAUAUCUAGUGUGAAAGGACAGGUUAAAAACCUGGGUUUGGAGGAUACGAGAGAAAAUUGCUGGAAAUUUUUCAUAAACAGAGUAAGGAGUCUGUUGAAAACAGUUCUUUGUUUCUCUCCAGUUGGCACCACUCUACGUGUCCGAGCGAGAAAAUUUCCAGCGAUUGUCAACUGCGUGUCGAUAGAUUGGUUUCACGAAUGGCCUGAAGAAGCUUUAUUAUCGGUAUCCUCAAGAUUCUUAUCAGAGGUACCAGACUUGCCAAUAGAUUUGGUUGAUUCUGUCGCGAUUUUUAUGUCAUAUGCACAUAACAAGGUUAAUGAAAUGUCAAAAGCAUAUCUGAUUAAUGAGAAACGGUACAACUAUACUACCCCAAAGUCAUUUUUAGAACAGAUUGCCCUUUACUCCAAACUAAUCAGUGAAAAAAAUCUCACUUUAACGACAACCAUUGAGAAAUUGAAUUUGGGUUUAACCAAGCUAGAUUCCACAUCUGAAGAAGUUGAUGGCUUAAAACGUAUUCUAGCAUCUCAGGAAGUAGAGUUGAAGGACAAAAAUGAAUCGGCAAGCAAACUGAUUUCUGUGUUAUCUGCAGAAAAUGAGAAAGUUGCUGCUGAACAAGCUAUGGCAACUGAAGAAGAGGCGAAAGUGAAAGUAAUUGAGGAAGAUGUGUCAGAGAAACAACAAGUUUGUGCAGAGGAUUUAGCUAAGGCUGAGCCGGCCCUUUUAGCUGCGAAAGAAGCUCUGAACACUCUGAAUAAGAACAACUUGACAGAAUUGAAGUCCUUUUCAACACCCCCAGAUGCUGUAGCUAAUGUUUGUGCGGCAGUGCUAGUUCUAUUUUCAAGUAAAGGAAAAAUUCCUAGAGAUAGAUCUUGGAAAGCUUGUAAAAUAAUGAUGGGUAAGGUUGAUCAGUUUUUGAACGAUCUCAUUAAUUAUGAUAAGGACAAUAUAAAUCCCGAUGUUGUGAAAACAGUGUAUGAAUACUUGAAGGAUCCUCAAUUCGAACCUCAGAAAAUUUAUUCAAAAUCUUUAGCAGCCGCAGGGCUUUGUUCGUGGGUGAUAAAUAUUAUAAAAUACCAUGAAGUUUAUGUUGUAGUUGAACCGAAAAGGCAAGCCCUAAUGAAAGCAAAUAAUGAUCUUCAGGAUGCGCGUGCUAAGCUUGCAGCACUCAACGAGAAGCUGAGCUUAUUAGAAGAAAAGCUAUCGCUGUUGAGAGCAGAAUUCGAUAUGGCAAUUACAGCUAAAAUGAAGUGCCAAGCAGAAGCAGAUGCAACAACUCUAAUGAUAGAUCUUGCUAAUCGACUCGUUAAUGGCUUGGCGUCAGAAAGAGUAAGGUGGAAAGAGCUCAUGACUGAUUAUGCCGCUCAAAUUACUACACUUCCUGGAGAUGUACUGCUAAUUUCAUCAUUCAUUUCCUAUGUUGGCUGUUUCACCAGAAAUUACCGUCAAAUUCUGUUGAAUAAACACUGGGUACCAUUUUUACUCAAUCUUGAUGUUCAAAUUCCUAGAUCUGAUGAACUUGAUCCUCUUUCCCUGUUAACUGACGAUGCUCUAAUAGCUCAAUGGAAUAACGAUGGCUUACCCACUGAUAGAAUGUCGGCUGAAAACGCUUGCAUUUUGCUCAACUCGUCGAGAUGGCCUCUUAUGAUCGAUCCACAAUUGCAGGGAAUUAGUUGGGUCAAAAACACGUAUGACUCUUUGCAGAUCAUAAGGCUCUCCAUGAAAAACUAUUUGGAUAUUCUAGAAAAUUGUAUCAGUCUGGGUUCCAUUGUUUUGUUAGAAAAUAUUGGUGAAACAAUUGAUUCUGUUUUGGAACCAAUUCUUGGAAGAGUUUUAAUAAAGAAAGGAACCGCUAUUAAAAUUGGAGAUAAAGAAGUGGAUUUCGACCCUAGAUUUAGGCUUAUUCUCCAUACAAAAUUAGCAAACCCCCAUUAUAAACCUGAAAUCCAAGCACAAACAACACUUAUUAAUUUUACAGUUACAAGAGAUGGUUUGGAAGAACAAUUGUUGGCAACAGUCGUGAAUGCGGAACGACCAGAAUUAGAAGAGCUGAAAUCAACCUUGACAAAGCAACAGAAUUUGUUCAAAAUAACUCUGAAGAAAUGCGAAGAUAAUCUACUCUUCAAGUUAUCAACCGCUACAGGAAAUAUAUUAGGGGAUGUCGAAUUGGUAGAAAAUUUGGAAACCACAAAAAAAACAGCCAAUGAAAUAGCAACAAGAGUAAAGGAAGCUAAAUUGACCUCAGCUAAGAUUGAUGAGGCUAGGGAACAAUAUAGAUCAUGUGCAAUUAGAGCAGCAUUAUUAUACUUUGUACUUAACGACCUCAAUAAAAUCAACUGCAUGUAUCAAUUUUCGUUGAGAGCAUUCAACGUGGUUUUCAAAGAUGCAAUCAAGAGAGCUGAAAAAUCAGAAAAUAUUAAAGAGAGAGUUGAAAACCUACUUGAUAGCAUAACAUUCAAUAUUUAUAUGUAUACAUCCAGAGGACUUUUUGAAAGGGACAAAUCUACAUUUUUAGCUCAUAUGGCAUUUCAAAUACUUCUCAAUUCUGAAGAAAUCGAUCCAGAUAUCUUAGAUUUUUUACUGAGGUUUCCAAUUAUACCAGGAGUUGUUUCUCCAGUAGAAUUUUUAACCAACACAUCCUGGGGUGGCAUCAAAGCUUUAUCACAACUUGAUGAACUGAGAAAUCUUGAUAAGGAUCUUGAAGGUUCUGCUAAGAGAUGGAAAAAAUUUGUAGAAAGUGAAAAUCCAGAAAGAGAGAAAUAUCCAGGGGAAUGGAAAAAUAAAAAAGAGAUAUUACAGCUUUGUAUGAUGCGAGCUCUUAGACCAGAUAGAAUGACAUAUGCUGUGAAGGUAUUCGUAGAGAAUAAUAUGGGAGUAAAAUAUGUAACUGCACGUAUUGAAGAUUUUGAGAAAUCAUUUCAAGAAACUAGUAGUUCAACACCGACUUUCUUCAUUCUUUCACCAGGAGUUAAUCCAUUGAAAGAUGUUGAGUUGCUUGGCAAAAAAAUUGGCUUCACACAUCGUAAAGGGAACUUUCAUAGCGUAUCAUUAGGCCAAGGGCAGGAAGUCGUUGCGGAGACUUCAUUGAAUUCUGCCUCUUCAAAUGGUCAUUGGGUGAUUUUAGAAAAUAUUCAUCUUGUCACUAAAUGGUUGUCAACUCUAGAGAAAAAAAUUGAACAAAUAUCUGAAAAGUCUCAUGAUGACUUCAGAUUAUUUCUUACUGCCGAACCUUCAGCAGAUCCUCAAAACUGUGUUAUUCCUCAAGGAAUACUAGAAACUUGCAUUAAAAUCACGAACGAACCCCCAACUGGAAUGUUUGCGAAUUUGCACAAAGCUCUAGAUAAUUUCAGCCAAGAAACGCUGGAUCUGUGCACUAAAGAAUCUGAAUUUAAAUCAUUUCUAUUUGCUCUCUGUUAUUUCCAUGCUGUUGUAGCCGAAAGAAGAAAAUUUGGACCACAAGGAUGGAACAAGAAUUAUCCGUUUAAUGUUGGCGAUCUUACUAUUAGUGUGAACGUCCUCUACAAUUAUUUGGAGAGUAAUAGCAAAAUUCCUUAUGAAGACUUGAGAUAUCUUUUCGGUGAAAUAAUGUAUGGUGGACACAUCACUGAUGACUGGGAUCGACGGUUAUGCAGAACUUAUCUGGAAGUAUAUUUAAAGCUGGAGCUGAUAGAGGGUGAGCUAGAGUUAGCUCCAGGUUUUCCAGCACCACCAAGCACAGAUUAUGAUGGAUACCAUAAAUACAUUGACGAUAGUUUACCUCCUGAAAGCCCAUAUUUAUAUGGUUUACACCCUAAUGCUGAAAUUGGAUUUUUGACGCAAUCAUCUGAAGAAAUGUUCAAGAUUAUUUUUGAGCUACAACCGAGAGAUUCUGGAACCGCUUCAGGAUCAGGUUUAACUCUAGAGGAGAAGGUUAAAGGAAUAUUAGAAGAUAUACUUGACAAAAUCCCUGAGCCUUUUCCCAUACAAGAGAUGUUCUCCAAAUUGGAAGAUAAAACGCCAUUUGCAAUUGUUGCCCUCCAAGAAUGUGAACGAAUGAACGUUCUGUGCUCCGAAAUCAGAAGAAGUCUAAGGGAGUUGGAUUUGGGUCUGAAAGGAGAAUUAACAAUUACACAGGAUAUGGAAACAUUGCAGCAAUCACUAUCGAUGGAUCAAGUUCCAGAUAUAUGGUCAGUUAAGGCAUAUCCUAGUCUUCUGUUUCUGGGAUCUUGGACUGCAGACCUUUGCGCUAGAAUCAAGGAAUUAGAAAAUUGGGCAACUGAUUUCCUUUUACCACCUGCAGUUUGGUUAGGUGGAUUCUUUAAUCCUCAAUCAUUUUUAACCGCUAUAAUGCAACAGACUGCAAGGAGAAAUGAAUGGCCUCUGGACAAAAUGUGUCUUUUGACAGAUGUGACUAAAAAGCAGAAAGAAGAUUUCACAGUUGCUCCAAGGGAUGGUGCAUAUGUUCACGGUUUAUACAUGGAGGGUGCAAGGUGGGAACCAGCUGUAAACAGUAUUGUAGAUGCCAAGCUGAAAGAAUUGUUUCCCACAAUGCCUGUCAUCUAUAUAAGAGCUAUAACACAGGAUAAACAAGAUUUGAGAAAUAUAUACGAUUGUCCAGUGUACAAAACAAGACUGAGAGGCCAAACUUUCGUAUGGACUUUUAAUUUAAAAACGAAAGAGAAAUCUUCGAAAUGGACUCUUGCUGGAGUUGCUUUACUUCUUCAAAUUUAAAAUAUAUUAUUAUGGGAAGGUUUUGCAAAUGAGUUGAAAAUGUCGAAAUGUAAUCAAUUAUAUAAUUUCAGUUAUUA